AAAUAUAUUUUGAAGGUUGUUUUAUAUAGCUAAUGUGUUCAAGUAACCGGACGUUGAUGAUGGACUCCACUGUACUGCUUCUAUUGACAAUGUUCGCUGUUUUAGGUAAAGUUGUUGGAGACCGAAGACUGACAUUUGUAACGGUGGGCUGUACAAGCUUCUAUGUGACCCCAAUGACUAUUUCACGUAACGUUAACUACCUGACAAAUAAGGUCACAAAGAAGAUAAGUUAUUGGAUGAACAUCAACACUGGAUUGUUGCUAUGUUGACUUUGCUCUACUCUACCGCCAUGGUGACCGAUCCCCAGUCAAAGCCUACCCCACUGAUCGCUACCAGGAGAGCUCUUGGCCACAGGGCUUUGGACAGCUCUCGCAGGAAGGAAUGAGGCAGCACUUUGAGCUGGGACAGGUGCUGCGGAAACGCUAUCAGGGUUUUCUAAAUGACACCUAUGACCGACAUGAGAUUUCUGUGAGGAGCACAGACUAUGACCGGACCUUGAUGAGUGCAGAGGCCAACCUGGCAGGAUUGUACCCUCCCAAUGGGUCACAGGUCUUCAACCCAUCACUGGAGUGGCAGCCUAUUCCUGUUCACACUGUACCCCUGGAUGAGGAGAGGCUUUUGUCAUUUCCCAUUCCGGGUUGCCCUCGUUAUAAAAUCCUCAUGAUUGAGACUGAACGCACAGAAAAGUACCUCAACAUGACAUUUCUAUACAAAGAUCUAAUAGCGACGGUACGGGAGAAAACUGGUCUGAAGAACACCACCAUUGAGACUGUUUGGAGUGUCCAUGACACCCUGUUCUGUGAGGCAAGGCACAACAUGACCGCUCCUGACUGGGUGACCCCUGAGAUCAUGGAUGAUCUGAGGAAGCUCAAAGACUUUGGCUUUGAAAUCCUGUUUGAGGUCUACAAGCAUCAGGAGAAAAGCCGUCUCCAAGGAGGUGUCCUCUUGGGUAGCAUUGUAAAUAACAUCUCGGAGUCUGCACUUCCCGACUCCAAUCGCCGUCUGAAGAUGAUGAUGCUCUCUGCGCAUGACACCACCAUUGUGGCUCUGCAGUCAAGUUUGAGUAUCUUCAAUGGAAAGCAGCCGCCCUAUGCCUCCUGCCACAUAUUUGAACUCUAUCAGGAGGACAACGGAUCAUUCACAGUGGCCAUGUUUUAUCGCAAUGACACCACAAGAGUGCCUUACCAACUGGCUAUACCUAGCUGUGACCUCUUCUGUCCCCUGGAGGACUUUGUGCGCCUCACCAAACCAUCCAUCCCAGAGGAUUGGGACAAGGAGUGCAUGGUUGAGUCUCCUACAAAGGAUACAGAGGUGGUCAUCGGACUAGCAGUUUGUGGCUGUUUGCUCUUCCUCCUUAUCGUCCUCCUGCUCGCUGUGCUUUGUCGGCAACGUGAUCCCUCCGACGGCUACAGUCACAUUCACAAUGAGAUUGAAUCUUGACAAAAGUACAAACUCCACCAUAGGCAGGAUUCAUGGGAGAGUGAAGAUGUUGUUUGAAUGCCUCCCAGCUUUGCCCUCUGGUGGGGGAUGCAGGAAAAGGGAACACUAGACUCCUUAGUGCAACUUUUAUUUAUUUUUAAACUUUUUACAUUAAAAAAAUAAAAAAAAGAUUUUUCCUUCAAAGGGGACUGUGACCUUUCACCAAAAAUGCACAGAAACUUACUGGGGAGGACAAAGGUUAUCUAGUCAACUGUUUGUCAUGGUAAGUAUUCCUAAGUUUGUGAAUGAAGUUGGUUACUGCAUUUGGACAAAAAUUGCUUUUUUAAAUGUUUUCAAAUACUACUUGUACUCAUGGGUCCAAGUCACCUGACCAGCAUUCUUACAAAAUGUGGACCACUGGAUGCUUCAUGCUUGUUUGAUUCUCCACUUGGAGAAUAAUGAUCAUUGUGACACUGAACCCGAGGACUGCUUGUGCUUCAUUCUUUCCAAGGAACAUAUUUUGGCUGACUGUACUGCACAUUCUUCUACCAAGUCAUUUGAUAAAGAAUACUAUUAAUUUCCUCUGGUGAUUGUCAUGGUACUUGGAGAAGCCUUAACAUCAUGGUAGUCUUGGUAAAGGCUUUGCUCUAUAUGUCAGAGGCAUGUACUUCUAACAAGCCUGUCAUGCUUUGUGCCUAGGGCUGUUAGAUUCAAUUUAAGGCACAGUAGUUCAUUUAUUUGCUGAAAAAGCUACAUGUAUCUAACAGUGACUGCCCUCUUUCUGCUCUUUUAAAACUGCCUCUGAGGUUUAGACUUUUUUUUUAAGGAAUGUUAAGUUUUUUUUCUUUCCCCAAGUAAAAAAAAAAAUAUAUAUAUAUAUAUAUAUAUAUAUAUAUAUAUAAAUACUGUAUGAUACCUUUAAGUUAGUGAGUGCAGUGUCCCCCACUGAGUUCCCAUCAAACAAGUCACUCCGACCAAGGUAAAGACAGCUUCAGGUUGGAUAUUCAACGGAUAUCCGCCUGUAGUUUUCCUUACAUCCAGCAACCGCAGUUAGGAACGGUCAACCGUGACAAAUCACAUUUUUUCACAUUUCAAUAGCUCUUUAAAAUGUUCUAAUUUCAUUAGCUCCUUGGUCAUGUGACCUGACUUCAAACAAGAUUCAGAAUGUCCAAUGACUACCCUUGUAUAUUGCACACUCUUUAGUUUAUCCAUUUACAUCUCACAUGAUUUUACAUGUAAUUUUUCAAACUUUAUCAUUUCAAUUUCUCCUUGGUAAUGUGACAGACUGACCUCAAACUACUUUCAGAAUGUCCACGGACUGGUGGAGACGGGCGCCACGAGGCAUCCAGUGCGGUAAUGCGGCCGAUCCCGGAGAAGCUGGCGGGAGCCCUGGAAUGGGUUUGCCACGAGGGAGGGGCCCAAGCCCUGGAAAGCGUUGCUGUUUCGGCGGCAUUCGGUGAGCUCUCCCUGGCUCUUGAAAGUCUGGGGGAGAGGGUGUAAAUCUCACGCCGGGCAAUAUUACUUUACUAUAUCCGCAGCAGGUCCCCAAGGUGAACAGCCUCUGGCAUGUUUUAACAAUGUAGGUAAGGGAAGUUGGCAAAAAAGAUCUGUAACUUCGGGAUAAGGAUUGGCUCUAAGGGCUGGGUCGGUCAAGCUGGGGUGCGAAGUGGGGCUGGGCUCGAACCGCAGCUGGGGGAGCAGUCCCUCCGUCACCCUCCUCUCACCACCAUUUAAUUGUGUGGUCCAUCUUGUGGUCUCGCAAGGGGCUGCGUGUUGGGAUGGUGUCCGUCGGCGGACUGGUGGCGGAAACUCUGGAAGCGCGCCGGGCCCUUCUCGCGGAUCUCUCCAGCUAUGGCGCUCGCCUGCCCCACGCAUUGUAGGUGGCGAGGUCACCUCAAGUCCUAGUGAGCGUAGAGGAGACUAGACCCAAUGGCCCUGCAGUGAUAGGGCAUUGCAUGGAUCUGGCUCAUGCCCUUCGAAGUGGGGAGAGGCAUCUCCAGCUUGUCUGGGGAGGGAGGCCUACGUCUGUGGGUAGUACCAUCCAUGCCCAGGGAUUUGUAUGAAGCAGAGCAGCUCACUCGCUGCAAUCUAUUGAAAGUCAGCCCUCGAGCACUCAGGCCAUGGAUGUUGGUGUGGGGACAGCAGAAAAAAGCGGGCGGAUCACCCAGAGCCUGUUUUUGAAUGACCACGUGCACAGAGCCUGUUUCGACAGCGGGACUGUAGACGUUUUAGUAAUUCCAGGGAGUAAGCCAAGGGAAAGGGGUGUUGACCGGGUAGGGAGAGUAGGUGUGGAGGUCUGUAGUUCCAGGGAGUAAGCGAUCCACACUCGGGCCCAGGGAGAGGGCAGGCAGAGAGUAUAGGCCUAGAGACCAGGAAUCAGAGGUCACCAGGUCAAUAGGGGGCCUGCCUGGAGGUCAGGAAGGCCCAAGUGAAUAGGUGUGUGUGACACUGUCCUUCAGGGGUGUAGAGCAGGCAACUUAAUGUAAAAUCGUUUGAGAUGAAAAUGGACAAACUGAAGGGUGUGCAAUGUGUAGGCCCACUGAGUGUACAUUCUGAACCUUGUUUGAAGUCAGAAGGUCACAUGACCAAGGAGCUAUUGAAAUUCAAAUGUAAAAAAGGUUUGUACAUUGUUUACGCCCCCUAACUAAUUCAACUAGGAAUACAAAAUGCUGCUCACACAUGUUUAUUAGCUUUGCAAAGUGAAUUAAUGUCCAAAUUGUGAAAAUAAGACCUGUGCUGUAACACAAAAUCUAACCAUGAAUAAAAGUCCAAUGUUGGUAGUGACUGCCCAUUACUGCUUAACAUUUAUUAACCAUUAUUCAUAUUACUUUACUAUAAUUUUAAUUGCUCCGCACUACCUGUAAUUUAAUUUGCAUGUGUUCAUCCCAUUGUGUUUUCAUGGGCAAUGAGUAAUUUAUAAUAGGGCCUAUUGUUUAACCAGACAUCUGAUUCAAGUUGUCCAACUGGUUUUUGUAGACAUCAUGGCCCCAAUAAUCAUGUCUCCAUUUUAUCACAUCGCUACGUGACGGACUGGAGAGUAAUUCUUAUCUGUAAUAUUUUGUGUUAAAUCAUGAACAAUUGGUUUCACCGUAGUGCUUGAAUUAUGCGGUUUAACAUAAAAUCAUUCAUGUCCUGAUAUGCUGGAAAUUAGUUGAAAUUAGUUGAAUUAAGAAUUUUUUUGCACUGGGAAUUCGCAAUACUUUAUGAUUUGAGUCACUGUUUGCAUGUGGAUUGCUUAAACUGCAUUUUGAGUUGUCUUAUCAAUAAUGUUGUUUUUAUUGCACCUUUUCAAUAAAUUCUUCUGUAAUAAAA